UUGCCUUAGCUAAGUGAAGACAAGUUAAAGCCGGGCCACAGCUAAAGUUCAGCGAUAUAAGAAAGUUCAAUUAGAACCAAAGACAAAAAACUUCGAAAAUCAUGCUCAAUCAAGUUAUGUUUGGCUCCAUUCUGAGUCUGACAGUUUUGCUAAUCUAUCUGCCAAAGGGAACAUAUUCAUAUCCCUACAGGUAUUACGGAGCGUAUAGCAGAACGAGACGGGACCCAACUUCUUGGGAUAAUGCUUACACUGGAAUUGGACAACAAGGACAUGUCCCGGUCAUUCCUAACACAAUGGGAGUCGGUGGUGUGCCAAAUUAUGGGGGUCAUGUUGAUAGCCAAGGAGUAGGAAUGGGUGGAUCUUUUGGACAGGAGACGAAUCCAUAUGGAGUGAAUCAAUAUGGAACUAUGGAUAACAGUAUGAGAAACUCACAGCAUUCAACUAUGGGUGGAGGUCUUCAUAGCCAAACUGACUUGAAAACUUACCAGCAGUCUCAGCAAUCUCAAUACCCCAGCCAAGCAGGUGGCGCAGGAAAUAUUUUACCAAUGGAAGGACUUGGGAUGGGCGACUCAGAUGCGCCAGACGAAUGCAGAGGUGUCCAAUGCCAAAGUCUUCUGAACUGCUUAGAUGUUGAUAUGAACGCUACGAAGUGUUGUCCAAAAUGUAAAACCUAUGGAUGUGUGUGCGAAGGUUAUCAGAUAUAUGAUUGUCAACAGAAUGGUUUCAGCGAAGGAACGGUACCAGCUGGAAAGUCGUACAGGGUAGCUGAUGGGACUACAGUAUGUUCGUGUCCUCCUGGAGGAGGAUCUAUAACUUGCAGUUAUCAUGAUUCUACUGCAAAAUGUCCAGAGUUGCCACCGAAUUGUAUAUCACCGUUUGUUCGUGAGAUCGAUGGAUGUCAGGAAUGUGCUAUGAUUGGAUGUCUCAUGGAUGAUGGAAAAACAAAGGUUCAAGCUUCUAUGGCUGUACAAAGAUCUUCUUGUCAGACGUGUUUCUGUCCUCCCGGAGGCGGUGAAGUAUUGUGUGGUUUUGAAGAGAACUGUGAUCCGAAAACGCAGCAGCAAAAAACAGAUUCCCUUGCUAUGGAGAGCUCAAUACGUGAAAUUAAUUCACUGGGUCACAGCAGCGAGGCUGCGAAUGGGUACGGAGGGUAUCCUUACGGUAGUUAUCCUGACUAUGGAAACCAGUACGGUCAAAAUCCAAGUUCAGGAACAAGUGGUUCUCCUGCUAUUCCACCGGUUGUGCCAUUGGCAACUGGCAGUGAUGGUUCUACCACGGAUAAGGAAACCGGAGCAGACUCUAAAAGUGCGAGUAGUGACAGAUCGAAUGCUUAUGGAAACUAUCAAGGAUACAAUAUGCCAUAUGCAAACCAAUAUGGUCAAUAUGCUUCGUACGGACAAACCGCACAGGGUUAUGGUGGAAACUACAUGGGAUAUGGCGGAAAUUAUGGUUACAACCAAGGCUAUGCACAAAACGGAUAUCCUCCACAAGGUGUUGAAUCUAGUAAUGCGCAAAAUACAGACGGAUCAAAUAGUCUGACUUCCGCCGGCCAACCUUCUAGUGAUACUGGAGCAGGAGGUUACCAACAAGGAGGCUAUCCGUAUCAAGGUGCCUAUGGACAAUACGGUAGCCAACAAGCAUAUGUACCACCGCUUUCUAAUGGCUACUCGUCUUAUCCCAUACAGGAUCCUUCUGUGGGAAGCCAAUCUGCCAGUGAUGUGUUAAAAACGAACAAGGAUUCGCCCGAUAAAAAUUCAUUAGAUGCUACGUCCAAAUCAACAACAGAUAGUCAAAACUACGGCGGUUACGGAUACCAGCAAGGAAAUUACGGGCAAAAUGGCUAUUAUCAGCAAGGCGGUUAUCAACCGUACCCAGGAUACGAUCCAUAUCAACAGCACUCACAACUUUCGACUGGGAGUGAUGCAGAAUCAGCGAAGUCACCAGACUCAGCUUCGAAUGACAAGUCUACAAAACAAGAUGCACAAUCGGCAAUGUAUAGACAGCAAGGAUAUGGAAAUGGUGAACUUGGACAGUAUGUUGGCGGGUAUGACCCAUACAAUUAUGCGUCACAAUAUGGAUACCAACAGCCACAGACUCCCGGUGGGAUGGGUACCGUCGAUCCAUAUGGAGCAAAGUUACCAGGUCAAGAAACAGCAGACUCUAAAUCCGUUUCUGAUUCGAGCCAGCCUUCUUCCGCACCGGACAAAGGCGGAGAAAUGUCCCAAUAUCCUACUGUGAAUGGACGCGACAGUUCUUAUCAAAACAAUUUCCAUUCGUUUUAUCCUCACGGUUCACAACAAGGCCAAGGUUACCCCAGUCAGACUGGAUCACAAUAUCAGCCAAUGGACCCGUCUGGUUCACCCGGGAACUCACAGCAACCAAUAGAAAGUGAUGGAGCAAAAGACGUAAAAGAGACGAAAGAGACAAAGGCUUCCGGAAGUCGACAGAUCAGACAUAAUACUCACCUUAUAAACAAGGGAAGACUCACCCACCACAAAUCCGUUGUCCAUGUACCCAGUCCACCAACAACUACAAGUACUACGACAACUACUACUCCCACUACAACCACCAGAACUACAACUACUACAACCAGACCAACAACAACCACUACGACCACGACAAAACCGAAAACUACAACGACGACAACUAGACCUACUACAACAAGGCGAACGACAACUACUACCACCAGAAGACCAACUACCACAACUACAACGAGGAACGCAAGAAGAUCUGAACCGAAGAAAAAUAAGAAUAAUAGUGAAUUAAAUUUCGAGAUCGUCUUGAAUAGAUGUUGCAAAAGAGGACAACAAUGGGCUGUCUCUCAUGCUAUUUGUGCUGGACAAUCUGCCUCUAUUACUGGCACCCUGUCAAAGAUGUGUGCUGUGGCCCAGGAAAAAUGUUGCAUGGAAGCCAAACAACAACAAAAUUGUCAAGCUGGAAUGGACAAUGCUCGAAGUUUAUCUAUGUGUAUUGCACCAAGCAGUGUAACCGGUACUUGUGGUGCCAAUGAAUAUAAGACCUGUUGCGAUUGUUGUGAGAUGGGACUGAAAGCUGUUGGACUCGGACUGAGUUGUGACGUCAAAAUGUUUGGUGAGCAAUGUAACAAAGCAUAUAAAGAAUGCUGUCAAAGAUCAAUGACCGAUACCGUCCUUCCACCAAUCAGACGACCAGAACCUACAACAACUAUAUCAACAACAACUACUACUACAACCACCCCAGAACCUUCUGGACCACGAUGUGCAACGGACAGUGAAUGCCAACAGAUAUGCGAUGAUACCUCAGAUGGUAUGGUGUGUUCAUGUCGCAAGGGAUACAGACUUCAUGUUAACAAAAUGGAUUGCGUUGAUGUAAACGAAUGCGUUUUGAAUACUCACACAUGUACAGAACAUGAAAUAUGUUUGAAUAGAGUUGGAACAUUCUUCUGCCAACGUAGAAUCAGUUGUGGAACUGGAUAUGAAUUAACGGAAAGAAAUACCUGUGAAGAUAUUGAUGAAUGCGAACUAAACAUCCAUGAUUGUCUUGCUAAUAUGGAUUGUCGUAAUGUCAGAGGAUCGUAUAAAUGUAUCCCUAAGUUAUGUGAUGCCGGUUUCUUUACCGACGCUACUGGAAGAUGCAUUGACAUAGACGAAUGUAGAGCUCGUGAUUUCGUUUGUCCAAAAGGAGCGACAUGCAUGAAUACUGCUGGUAGUUAUGAAUGUAAAUGUCGAAUUGGACUUACUCCAAAUGCAAAGAAUACUUUGUGUGAAGAUGUGAACGAGUGCGAGAACGGAGAAGCUGGUUGUGGCGAAGGAGCAACAUGUAUAAAUACAGUUGGGAGUUUCGUAUGUAGAGAUCCUCCCAAGAUACGAUGCUCACCUGGAUAUGUACUCAGCAGAGAUUUGAAGUCUUGCCAAGAUAUUGAUGAAUGUAGUGAAGGAACUCACACAUGCAAACGUGGAUCAACAUGUAUUAAUGAAGACGGUGGAUUUAGAUGCGAAGAUCCCUUAGUUUGUCCGGAUGGUCUCAAAGCAGAUGCCGACGGAAGACUUUGCCUUGAUAUAAACGAAUGUGAAGAUCCAUCUCUGCAUCGAUGCAACGAAGGUGGAAAGUGUGUUAAUUUAGCAAAAACAUUCAAAUGUGUAUGUGAUAGCGGAUACGAUAAUUCUCUCACCACAGAUGGAUUACCGACAUGCAAAGACGUCGACGAGUGUUCUUCAUCUAUUGGAGAAAGUUGCAAGUAUAAAUGUAAAAAUCUACCAGGAAGUUAUGAAUGUUUCUGUCCUGAUGGAUUUAAGUCUGCUAACUUUGGAGCUACUUGUGACGACGUUGACGAAUGUGCUGCCAGUACAUCUCCUUGUUUGGAUGGACAAACUUGCUUCAAUACUCACGGAGAUCAUCGUUGUGUGUCAUUGGAAUGCCCAUCCGGAUAUACCAAGAUAUCUAACACUAGGAGAUGUUCAAGGCGGUCAUGCCGUGGUAAGCCGCGGUCUUGUCUCAAACAACCAAAACAAAUAUCCUUUCACAAUAUUUCACUUUCAAAUGGCACAAAUCAAGAAAAACCACUCUUCCGAAUGAGUUUGGCACGCAGUCACAGCACAGAUCGUUACGAGUUUCUUCUCACAGACGGAAACGUCGGCGAUGCGUUCAAAGUCAAAAGUUCAACCCGUAUUAAGCGCCCCACUGGGGUUGUUUACACCGCAGAAGAACUUGUAGGCCCUAAAGACUACGUCCUCGAUUUAAGCCUAAAAUUGUACCGGGGACGUCGAUGGUCGCUCUUUAUUUCUAGAUUAUAUAUAUUCGUCGGAGCGUAUGAUUUAUAACCGGAUAUCUGGCAAGAACCGGGUUGACCCAAUUCGGACAGCGAAGCUCCUGUUGAAAGAAACAUCUUGCGGGAAGUUUCAUGCCGCGUAGGCAUGUUGUAUAGGUUUUUCAAAGUGUCAUAAUAACGAUGUUAAGCACAAAGAUUAUCAAUAAAACGCAGUAUCUCGCUAUGAUCUUGUGGAAUUAUCGCGCAUUUAUUUCGGUGCAAAUUUUACUGAAUCGUACUCUGCCAAGUAUUUCUACGGCGAGUUAGAUUCCAUGACAGCUUCAGCAUAUUGUAGUUUUUUCAUAUUUUUAUUAAAUAAAAUCAUUCAUUUUCAAUAUAAACUAGUUCUUUGUUGCCAAAUCACUCAAUAUAGGUACCUUCUAGUCAUAUCUAGUGGGUCAUGUGUUGGUGCCUUAUUUUUAUAUCACCCAAUAUCAGCAUUUCGUCGUACUAAUACAAAAAAUUAAAGCCGUGCGCAUAUUUAAUUGAUCAUAUUUCUGAUGUCGACACCUGGAAGAAUGGCUCAGUGAAAGCAAUUCUUGUGUCGCAUUAGACGGCCACUGCUAAAUCCCAUUGCCAGAAUAAUGCUAUUGAACCUGAUUUUUAGAGGUGUCCCAUAUUUAAAUUUUAUUACUAAAUAAAAGAAUUCUUCACAAGUACUAAUGCUGCUUUUGUAAAUACAUCUGCUGGUCAGAAUCAUGAGUAACUCAUUUACCGUAAAUUAUCCCCUGCUAAUUUGAAUGAUUCAAUGUUGCCAGAUAUUCUAAGCCAUUCUGUGUGUAAAUAAAAACCGAAUUAUUACGUAGCAGAAUCAGACCGUAAAAUCUCAAGGUCAUAUUCAACUGAAGUGUGGUGCAAUAAAUAUCGUUGUACCUUUUAUUAAUCUGCCACACAUUUCGCUAUAGGCAUUGGUUAUUAAUAUAGCCCGGAAAGAUGCUUACACACGAUGUGACUCAGAAAGUAAAAAUUACGAAAAGUAGAAAUAAUAAGACAAAAUGUCAUCUUGAUUAGUCACCAUUAAUUCAAAUUUCUCUAGUUCACUUUUUAUCAGCAUAUUAAGAUUAAACGCUUUUUACAUUUUUUAACAUAAAUUGAUUUUUCAAAUUAACGUUUAUCCUAUUUUUACUUUCAUUUUUUUCUCAGUUCUGAACCAUACAUAUAUUGUUACUCACCUCGACGAAGUGUUUUUUAUUUUUGUUAUGCCGAAGUUAGAGAACAAGGGCGAUUAAUAUUUGCCAGUAGCUGUCGAGGUUAUUUUUUGAUGCACUUUGGCAUUGAUCGAGUUUGAUUUGUAAAAUAGUGCGAAUGGAUCUGGGCUUGGUUUUUUGUUGUCAAUACUAUUAUGAUUAUAUAUUAUGAUAUUAAUAUUUUUUUCUUGUUCAUUUUAAAUUUAUGUUAUUUCUUGUUUGUUUUUCUUCGCGUUCGAACAUAUCUCACAUUACGUUUUCGUAAUUUUUCUUGUCUUCCUAAAAAUAAAUAGAAAAAAUAUCAUUCAAGAAAUGCCAUUUUUUUUUGUGGUUUGUCCAAAAAAAAAAAUGAAGCCAAUAUAACGAUAAUCUAACGAGUUCGCUAUAAUUGAAGAUGAAGUGUGUUUGUUUUAUCUAUGGCCGAACAUGAUAUGGUAUUACUGUAUUAUUAAACUUCUACUUAACAUCUCCCUCGUUAUGAUCAUCAAAUAUAUAUUUAUUUGAAAAAUUA